GUCUGCUGCACAGUUUCCCACAUAGACCUGUGCUAAAGAUGCUGUCACGAAAUCUUGUAAUUGCUUCAGUGGCUGUAGUGUUUCUGGCGUCCACCGUAUCAACGGCUCCUGUUGAAGAUAAGGAGCCUGAGGAAAAUGACUUUGAGGCUGAAGAGGGUGAAGAAGAACUGUCCGAGGAGGAAGAGGAUGAUGAUGACUCCAAAGGUCAGCAUAUGAAGGGAGCCGGAUCGCAUCAGGCCACUGCAGCACCCAAAGGCUUGGGUAUGACUCCUGGCAGCGCCAUCGCGGGCCAAUCCCCAAACGGUCAGAAACUUAAUGGCGGCACUCAAACUGGCCAAGUCUCAUCAGGCAGCACAUCAACAGCUUCAAAUGGAGCAAACGGAAGUAAUGGAAGAGACGGGUUAUCUCGCCCAUCUGGCUCUAGUUCUCAUGAUGCAAGUUAUGGUGGACAAGAUGGGUCCAAAUCAGACAUAGUUCCUCCAGGUGUAGGAGCUGGAGGAGCAGGUGCUAAUGGAGGUUCAGGAUCAAAAGUCCCUGGCACAGAUGGGGGCGUCCAUUCGGUUUCCAUUUCUGCUGUGUCAUCAGGUCAAGGGUCAUCAGGCCACAUAGCAGCAGGUCAUGGGUCCACAAUGAUAUCCAGCCAAACAUUUGGCCAGGCUUCAGCAGGACAGAUGUCAGACGGUGUGGGUGUAGUUUCCUCUGAGGUCCAAUCACAGCCUGCAGGGUCAGAGGGAUUCGCUCCACAAACAGAUGGCUCACAGAAUGAAAAUGGGGAAACAGCUCAUGACGGAUCUCAAAUAGAAUCUCCUGAAACCCCUGAGAUAGAAUCUAACGGCAAUGGACACAAACAGCUUCUGAAUGGAGGAGAAACAGGAUUUACAGGCAUGGAUCAUUUCAUGGCAGGCACAUCUCAGAUACAAGGAACAGACCGUACUAGGAACUCAAACAUUUAACUGCACAUUUUUAUUGCAGGCAUAACAGAUCAGUCAAGCCAUGACUUCCUCGUUGGCUUGAUGGGUGGAAUAGGAGAGACCUUUGGUCCAGACACCCAAACAGACGGGCUAGAUCACAUGGGACUCGCAUUUCAGGUGGAUUCGGCAGCCGCUGGCCUGAGUCCAGGGCACCCGUCCAGUGGCGGUCCGGUUCUAGAAGCUCCUCCAGACUCUCCAGGACUGGAUUACCUGUCUGUUAAAAAUGGGAAUGGUGUUUAUACUCAUUCAAUCAACAUGGCUGAUAAUGGAGCCCAAACCAAAUCACCAGUUGAUACAACAGAUUCUUCAGUAAUCUUUGGCACGAUGUCACAUCCGGGCCAUUCCUUCUUAGAUUAUUCAGAUGGUGGGGCAGAUAAUAAUGGUGCAGAUUUACCUGAAACAAAUGGAAAUGGAAACGGUCGGCACAAACCUGUGGUAGGCAUGCAGAAAGGUGACCCUCCAGGCAUUCAUCUCAACAUCAUGUCUUUCCAAACAGGCGGAACAGGCCAUCAGGACGCUGCAGUGGAGAUACAUCACACAGCUGUUGGUGCUCUAGAUCAAAGUGACCACACUCUCAGUCCUUACGCUGACACGACCGGAUUUGACGGUGUCACCGGUGCAAGCAUGCAGACAGAUAUGGCAGGUGCGGCGGGUGAUCCAGUGACUGAAGGACAGACUCAAACAGACAUGACAGGGCAGGGAAACUUAGCUGUGACUGACGGCGUGCCGAGUUACACAGAUUCUGUGCGUGCGACUGGGACUGGAUUUACAGAUGCCUCAGAGACACAUGGUAGCAUGGUUCAGACAGACUUAUCAGUCACAGGGGAUCCAUUCACAGGGGUUUCCUCACAGACAGAUGCCAUGGGCACAGCUACCGCUGAACCUCAAGGGACUCUCAGGAGUCCAAGCCAACCUGGUGCUACGGAACAGACACAGCCAGCUGUAUCAGCAGGUGAACAGUACCACACAUCUGGUCAGGGUCCUGAAGGUGCAGAAAAUGUGGAACUGGAAGAUACCUGCUGAUUUCCACAUGAAGCCGCGAGUGAGGUUUCUGCGCUACAGAUUCCAGUGCACAGACCUGAACGCCUGGCAGAGGAACCCUGAACCCGCCCGCUAGACUCAGCUCUCCUUUAUCUGUGUGUGUGUGUGUGUCCGUUUGUUUUAUUUUCGAAUAUUUAAACAUUCAGAGGAUACUGUAACUUAACGUUUUAUUGCGCCUGUUUAUAAAACUGCCCUGUAGCCUAAGUAUUUUAUUCAUUAGUACAACGAAAGAAAAAUAAAUAAAUCACGAUUUUAAACGUUA